UCGCGUGCGUGGUUUUGAGAACGUCGCAACAAAGAAUGCCCGUGGUGGUGGUGAUUGGCGCUGGGUGCACUCGAAGGUCACGUGGUAUGGAUCGCUUACAUUUUCUCGGUCUCGGACAUUGACUUUCAAAGUAACGGUGCGGAUAUUGGGCGACCCAGGAGGCAGCACACAUACAACACAUGGGGAGGACAGGGGGGGUCGACACCACGCGGCCUCGAGGCACGAGCGAGGUCACUUGGCUCUGAUGAGCUGGCUGGAUCAGUGGGAAGCCGCUUCGAAGAAGCCAGCGGGGCUUGAAGCCCUGGCGCAGUCUACAUAGCCUGCUGUCCCUGCGGUCGUGCGUCCCGGACUGCGUGACGGACGUCGACGGAAUGCUCGCGAGUGCGAGCUAAGCCCCGAUUGGCUGGAAGGGCGGCUUCGUUUCUCAGAAGUGAGAAGUAGCAGUGACUCAGACGUCAUUCUCUAGCAACCAGGACCAUGGGGACCUUCGCGGGCCACGCCCUGCCCGGAACGUUCCUCUUCAUUUUGGGAACCUGGUGGGCCUUUAGCGCCUGGCGCAACUACGUCCGCAGCAAGGAACACAAGCGGCGCUACACUUGCCGCGCCUGGUACGUGAUGCCCGGUCUGUCCCGGCACAUCUGCAUCGAAGGCAUCACCAAGAUCGCCACCUGCUCCAUCGGUAUCGCCGGCGAGGUGGCCACGGCCAUCGAGCACGGCCACUUCAUCCACAUGGGCAACGCUCAGCACGUCUCCAUGUACCUUUUCUAUCUGCUCAGCGGCGUAGUCGACGUCAUGACCAACAGCCGGUUCCCGUUCCCAAUGGGCACCGACCACGUCACGCUCCUGCUCGCCGUCACCGUAGAGGGACUGCUGUUCCACUUCCAUCUGCACGGAAGACCCCACCUCGACGUUCUCGUCCACACGCUCCUGGUCUACACCGUGGCGGCCGAGGCGGCCUGCAUCAUCGUCGAGAUGUGUCGACCCCGAAGUGUUCUGGCGUCCCUGGGUCGCGCCUACUUCUGUCUGUUGCAGGCCACGUGGUUUUGGCAGGUCGGAUUCAUCCUUCACAGCCCGCUUCCCGGACUUCCGCCAUGGGAUGUGCAUAGCCACAUGGACAUGAUGCUGGCCGCCAGCGUGUUCACCUGGCACAUGAUAGCUCUGCUGGCGUACCUUGGAGUCGUGGGCGUCGUGGCUUGGGCCGUGAACAGAACGUGCGGCAGAUGCCGUGACGAAGGCUCUUUGGAGGUGCAGGAAGAGGGUGACUCGCGCUAUGCGCUCGUCACCGGGUCUCCUGUGAAGAUGGCUGGCCGGGAGCUGUUCGCGGGCGACGGUGCGCCGACGAUACACGCGGCGCUCAGUGACUACAGUGACGAUGACGCCGCUUUCAUGUGA